UGAAGGAGCAGAUCAUGACCACGAACGUUUGGGUGGACCACGAAUGGUGUGAUCAUAAGUUUCAGUGGGAUCCUGACGAAUACGGGGGCGUUAAGGAGCUCUACGUGCCCUCAGAAAUUAUAUGGCUGCCUGAUAUUGUCCUUUAUAACAACGCUGACGGCGAGUACAUCAUCACCACCAUGACGAAGGCUGUCCUCAACUUCAACGGCCUCGUCAGAUGGUCGCCUCCUGCUAUCUUCAAGUCCUCGUGUGUCAUCGACGUUCGCUACUUUCCCUUCGACCAGCAGGACUGUUUCAUGAAGUUCGGCUCCUGGUCUUACGACGGGCACCAGAUCGACCUCAAACACCUGGACCAGCACGAGGGCACAAACGAGGUACAGGUGGGCAUCGACCUGGUGGAGUACUACCCUUCGGUCGAGUGGGACAUCAUGGGAGUGCCGGCGCAGAGGAACGAAAAGUCUUACCCAUGCUGCGUCGAGCCCUAUAUAGAUAUCUACUUCAACAUCACACUUCGGCGGAAAACACUCUUCUACACCGUCAACCUAAUCAUCCCGUGCGUGAGUCUAGAAUACCUGUCCGUGCUCGUCUUUUACCUGCCGGCCUACUCAGGUGAAAAGGUGGCCCUCUGUAUCUCCAUCUUGCUCUCCCAGACGAUGUUCUUCCUCCUCAUCUCCGAGAUCAUGCCUUCCACGUCCCUGGCGAUGCCCCUCCUGGGAAAAUACCUCCUCUUCACCAUGGUCCUCGUCGGCCUGAGCGUCAUCGUCACCAUCAUCGUCCUCAAUAUUCACUAUAGAAAGCCCUCCACCCAUCGCCUCGCGCCCUGGGUCAGAAAGGUCUUCAUGGACAUGCUGCCGCCCAUGCUGCUGAUGCGCGUGCCCAAGAAGGAGGAGAUCAAGGGCAGCGUGCAUGAGCUCCCCGGGUCACGCCCUCGGGAGAACGGCAGCAGCGCAAACCUCAGGGACCGCUUCAGGGACAGGCCUCUACACUUCCCAGGGUCCUCCCACAAUGGUUUCCGUCCCCCUGGCGGCGGCGGCUGCCUCCCGGUGGGCAUCCGCAUGGGGUCCCUGUCUGGCCUGGGUCCUCCGUGCGCUGCGGGGGCCGACGACGAUGGUCUUGGCCCCUCGUCGCCGGGCAUCGCGGGCAGCAGCGGGAUCUUCGAGGCGCCGUACGGGGACCUGCCGGAGUGCUUCCACAUCUCCCCCGAGGCGCAGACGCACUACCCGGCGGAGAUCCAGCGCGCCAUCCACAACGUGAAGUUCAUCCACUACCACCAGAUCCAGCAGGACAAGUUCGACGAGGAGGACGAUGACUGGGCGUUCGUGGCCAUGGUGUUGGAUCGUCUUCUGCUCUGGAUCUUCGGCGGCAUCUCCGUCUUGGGCACGAUUCUCAUCCUGUUCGAAUCCCCCUUUCUCUACGACUACACGUCCCCCAUCGACAUGCAGUACAGCAAAGUCGGCCAGCAGUUGUUCCAGCAAGACGCCGCGGACCUCUAAGAAAAUGGGAAAAGGUUGCCCUCGAAAGAAAACGGAAGAAGAAGGAUGGACUAAUGUAAACUGGAGGAGGGCUUGCUGAGUAGAAAAUGGAAGGUGGCUAUGUGUGUUUGUGUGUGUGUUUAGGUGUUUGAGAUGUGUUUGUGCGUGUGUGUGUGUGUUUGUGCGUUUAAAGGUAUUAGGGUUGUGUGUGUGUAUGUUUGUGUGAGUGUGUGAGUGUGUGUGUGUGUGUGUGUGUGUGUGUGUGUGUGUGUGUGUGUGUGUGUGUUACCCCCGUCAUUUCACCUCUUCCUGUUACUGUUCUGCAUCGUCUAGUUUCUCCUCUUCCUCCUCCUCUUUUUCUUCCUCCUCCUCCUCCUCCUCCUCCUCCUCCUCCUCCUCCUCCUCCUCCUCGUCUUUGUCUCUUCUUCUUUUUCUUCCUUUUCUCUUCUUUAUUCUUGUUCCGAAAGUGUUUAACGUUAAUACAAGUUUCGCUCAAUUAACCGAUAGUGUGUGUGUGUGUGUGUGUGUGUGUGUGUGUGUGUGUGUGUGUACAGAGCUUUUGUACUGUGGAAGCUGUUGCUUUCUCGUUUGUUUUGCGCCAUCCCUCCCUCCCUACCGUGUGUGUGUGUGUGUGUGUGUGUGUGUUUCGGUUCAAGUUUUUUUUUCUGUAUUAGUGAAGCAAAGUUAAGAAUCAAUCAAGAAAGUAUUUAGGAAAAGAAGGAAAUCAACAAAAUCAGAAAGUUCAGAAAGAAAAAAAUAUGUAAGUGACUGAAAAAAAGAAAAUAUAUAAAAAAAUACUUGAAAAAUCUUACCUAUUACCUUGAAAACUCCGAAAAAAAUUAACACAAAGCUCGACAUCAACACUAAAACGGGAACUUCGGAAAAACGUAAAAAUAAAAAAAAACGUCCUAUCGUCAACCAAUUCGCAAUUAACCAAUAACAGAGAAAAAUAUCAUCCAUGUGUUAAACCGUUAAAGGAAAAAGGUAAAGUUUGGGGCAUACGCAAUAGCUACGCGAGGCCUCGGUGCUCAUCUCCGUAACUUUGACCCUGGAGCACAUGAGAGAAAAAAAUCAUCCAUGUGUUAAACCGUAUAAGGAAAAAGGUAAAGUUGGGGGCAUACGCAAUAGUUACGCGAGGCCUCGGUGCUCAUCUCCGUAACUUUGAACCUGGAGCACAUGAGAGGAAAAUGAAAGGAAAUUGAAGGAUAUAAAUAAACCACAAACCCACAUUUUCUGGCCCUCCACAUCCCUUCCACCAGUGCCAAGGACGAAGAGGAGUGCCAAGUGGUUAAUCAAGGUGCCAAGGAAUUAAUCAAACCACCUGGGCAACACCUGAUCACCUGUGUUUGUUGUGUUGCUUGUGUUGUGUGUUCCAAGGGCCAAAGAAUCCCUGACGUAACACACAGAAGCUUCAUCAGAGGUAACACGUGUGAUUUAGCAGAAGUUGUGUGAGUUAGUUAAUUGUUUCUACCUGUGUGUUCUUGUUAUCCAGGUGUGAGGUUUGGUGUGCGUAUGUGUGUGUGUGUGUGUGUGUGUGUGUGUGUGUGUGUGU